AGAUGUGAAAGAAGACAUCGGAGAUGUGAAACAAGACAUCGGAGAUGUGAAACAAGACAUUAAAGAUGUGAAACAAAACCUCAGAGAUGUGAAACAAGACAUUAAAAAUGUGAAAAAAAACCUCGGUGAUGUGAAACAAGACAUCGGUGAUGUGAAACAAGACAUUAGAGAUGUGAAACAAGAACUCGGUGAUGUGAAACAAGACAUUAGAGAUGUGAAACAAGAUAUCGGUGAUUUGAAACAAGACAUUGAAGAUGUGAAACAAGACAUUGGAGAUGUGAAACAAGACAUCGGUGAUGUGAAACAAGACCUCGGUGAUGUGAAACAAGACCUCGUUGAUGUGAAACAAAACCUCGGUGAUGUGAAACAAGACAUUGGAGAUGUGAAACAAGACAUUGGAGAUGUGAAAUAA